AGUACGAUGACAAAAGUGACAAAGUGAAAGAAGUUUGAAAAUUAAAAUAGACAACGAGCUUAGAAGAUCAACUCUUACUGCUAAGGUAAAUUUAAGGUGAACAUACAUGUACCAGGGUACAGCACUAAAUAUUGUAAAAAAAUGAUGAAAGUAAAAUCUGAACCUGUAGAAGUUGAUGAGAACGUGUCAGAAAACCAGCAGGAAGAUAUUUAUACACCUUGCACUAGUUUUAAUUCAAAGACAAUAAAAGCUGAGCUUAUUAUCGAAAGUGAAGAGGAAAAUACAACCAAACUGCAGUACCAACAGUCAGAGUCAAACAACAAAAACAACACUUUUGACCAAGAUUUAGCUAGUGACGAUAAAGUGAAGACUGGUAACCAAGGUGAUGAGAAUACUGCUGAUCUACACAAACAUCAACACACACAAACAAAUAUGGUUACUUUGACAACUAGGACACAAGAUUUAGCUAGUGACGAUAAAGUGAAGACUGGUAACCAAGGUGAUGAGAAUACUGCUGAUCUACACAAACAUCAACACACACAAACAAAUAUGGUUACUUUGACAACUAGGACAGAAGGUAAAAUGAUCAUUGUUGGCUAUACACAAACAGACUCUGAAAAUAGUAGUUGUUCAUACAAGGACAAAAUUCAGCAUCCGACUACAUGUCAGUCCUGUGGCCUGGACUCUGCACAGAAUAUGGAUAUAACUGUCAAAACUGAGAUUGGGUCGACCACAUGCCAGUCCUGCGGUAGAUUGAAUAAUUGUACUUCACUAACACAAAAUAAAAUUGAAGAAGAUUUAAAGGCAAAGUUUAUCUGUUCUGAUUGUGGAAAGGUAUAUUCGAGAAGAUAUUCUCUUGUCAGACAUUUACUGUCUCAUUCAGGAGAUAAAGCCUCAGUGUGUGGAGUAUGUGGUCGAGGAUAUUCUUCAUUUGUAAAUUUUGAAGCUCAUCUUAAAACUCAUAUGGCUGAAAUCAACGUUUCUGAUUUCACAAAAGAAAAAAAUAGUUUAGUAAACUACGAUGAUCAAGCUAGUUCAAUAUUAAGGCAAAGAGGAACUCACAAAGGCAAAAAAACAUUCCAAUGUGAAAUCUGCAAUAAAACAUUUGCUCAAGGUAGAGACUUCAAGCGACACAAUAUAAUUCAUGCAGGUGAUAGGCCACAUGGAUGUGAAACAUGUGGUAAGACUUUUGUAAUGAGUUCAGACCUAAAAAGUCAUCAGCGAACCCAUUCAGGGGAUAAACCUCAUGCAUGUGAAAUAUGCAAGAAACGAUUUGCCCGGCGUGACGUGUUGAAAAUUCACACGAUGAUGCACAGCGGGGAAAGACCACAUGAAUGCCAAGUUUGUGGUAAAAGAUUUAUAAAGAAAGCAUCCUUAAAGUUGCACACUCAGACACACUCGGGUGUUAAACAGCACGAAUGUAAAAUCUGUGGUAAAUUUUUUGGUCGGAGCACAGAUUUGAAAUACCACAUGCGAACACAUACAGGAGAAAAACCAUAUCAGUGUCAAAUAUGUGGUCUACAAUUUGCCAUGGGAGUUUAUUUAAAAACUCACGCUUUGAAACAUAGUGGUGAAAUACCCUAUGAAUGUCGGAUAUGCGAUAAGAAGUUUGUUAAGAAAAUAUCGCUAGAAACCCAUAACCUAACACAUACCGGUGAAGAACCUCAUGAAUGUCAAACAUGCGGAAAGCGGUUCCCAAGUCAAUCUUCCUUAAAGAAGCACAGUUUGAUACACCUGGACGACAAACCACACCAAUGUGAAUGGUGUGGUAAAUCAUUUGCUCAGGCCGGCACUUUGAAAUCACAUAUUAUUGAAACUCAUAUGGGUUUGAAACCUUUUGCUUGUCAUUUAUGUGGUAAAACAUUUGCAAGACGAACAACUUUGAAAACACAUGGUCUAACGCAUUUCGAUAUAAAAUCACACGAAUGUCAAUUGUGUGGAAAAGGAUUUUCUAGGAGGUCAGAUUUAAGGAGGCACGAAAAAACACAUAUUUCUGGAAAACGGAAUAAACUGACUGACAGUGAACUCAUACAUGAUGAGGACAUAACCAAGGACUAGAUACGAUAAGGUAACCCUGUAUCUGCAUGCUACUCUCCAGACAGGGUUAUAGUUCUCUCAAUAGACCACUUUCGAGUUAUGUCAUUAACUGGAUAAGUUCGUCAAUUAUGUGUGCCUUUACAACGUCAUUUACCAGAUAGAGAGGACAGCCUGUAUCCCUGCACUAUUAAAGUUCAUCAAGCGUCUUCGUGAUCGUCAUUAUGCAGGAUAAACUAGAAAUAAUGCUUGUUCCGUAGGUAUUUAAUCACAGUUCCUUAAUGACAGCAGUGCUGAUGAUCAAUUAUAUGAAUUUAAUUUGCCAAAUAAUUUGUACAAUACACAUUUUUUCAACCGCGCGCUCAACAUGGGAAGGGAGUGACGAUUUUCCUAAAUGCAUGAAUGAUGUUCACUUAAACCGAAAAUUUUGACAGAAAUGCAACGAACUCGAAAGUGGUCUAUUGAGCAAACAUGAAUUUGUUAUUUCAGGAAAAUAAUGUAGUUUCAUCCCAUGAAACAUGUGAAAUGAAAAACAAUAAAGAAUAAAUGUAUUAUACUUUCUCCUCAAGAGAACUUAUUUUAUGUAACUCGAUUCAAUUAUUAUACACUUCUCUCUUAAGAGGCUAAUAUUGUACUAUAAUAUUCAAAAUAUACAUUUUACAUCUUAAUUUGAUUUACACUUAAAUCUUACAUUUU